AUGAAUUUCAGACGGCUGAGUAGGCACCUACUUGUGUGUUGGCUGGUACAGAUAUACGUGGAGAGGAAGCGCCCGUUUUGUUACGGCAGCAAUACGAAGGGUUCUAAUUCGCCACACACGGAGGAUGGUCAAAAUGAAGACACACCGGGAGUGACGAACAGUGUGGACUCUCUGGCGCAGAACAUCCUAGACGUAGUGCACUACCUGGAAGAAAUGAACAACUACAUCGUCGACUUUAAGAAGGAACUGCAAAACAAAUUCGAAAACCUGGUUCAGCAUGACGCCAAUCUUUAUGAGUCCUACGAGCACAAUGAAAGUAUUUUGAAUCAUAUUUACUCCUACAAUGAGAACAAGCUACACAGGUAUUCGAAGUAUUUGGAGAAUCUGAAGAAUGUAAAAUUGGAAAUGUUUAAUGACACCAUUAAUAAUAUUCAGAGGGAGAAUAUAUAUUACGUGAACUUCGUAUACAAGAACCUGCUGUCCAAGAUUGACUUGCUGAGUGACCUCAACAAGAAGAAACUGGACAAGGAGAGGCGCACGAACCUGCGGGAGCUGAACAAGUACCUGGAUGCUCUGAAGAACAAGAUGAUGAGCAUGGAGCAAAAGUUUAGCCAAGUGAUAAAGGAAAAGGCGGAAAGCAUACGGAACUGGAACCAUGAGAAUAUAAAUAGGUUCGAAACAUCUGCCAUGGAUUACCUGAACAGUAACAGCAACUUUGACACUUUCUCCAGUUACGUGAUAAAUGAUUUUCUCCUAAGUGGAAAAAGAAUUAAUGUUUUAAAUUAUGAAAAUAAUUCUUUCUUCAAGAGCAAUUUUAUGUAUUUCAAUUUUCUACACAAUUAUAUUAAGGGGAAAAAAAAUGAAAAAAUUAUGAACAUUUAUAUAUAUUUAAAGGACCCCUUAAUAAAGGCACACGAUUUGUCCUACUUGAAUUAUUACGUCAUUGUGGAUCUCCACAUUAUCGAUUUGAUUAUAAAAAAUGUACAAAUGUUAGCCCAAGCAAAGGGAAAAAAUAAAAGGGAUUUUAAUGACGUACUUAUCUGUGUGGACAAUUAUACAGUUAAGUACAAUGUAUUAACAAGCAAUAUUUAUUUAGACAUGCAGCCAGAUAUUAAGAAUUUUUUUUCAAAUAAAAUUGUAAAUAAAGUAGACGAUAAGAAGAUUCAGGAUAUAAUGAUGCAGCUGAGGAAAAAAAACAGAGCCAAUUAUGAGAAUACAAUUUUUAAUGAUGAAUAUUAUAAAAGGAUGGAGAGGGUGGAGGAGGCACAAGAUGGAUCCUUUUCUAAGAGGGGGAUAAAACUGAUCAGUUCCAGCCGACAACCCAACAUAUACAUCAUGAAGAAGAAUAUCUUCUUCGACUCAAAGAAGGAAUACUACAAGAAGUUCUUAUCCGUUUAUACGUACGAAGAAAUAUUUCACAUCCUCUGUAGUGACAACACCCAUUGCAGUCUUAACAUCCUCAAUUCGUUAGACGACGUGAAUAAGAACACAUUCCUCUUGAAGAGCCACCUAACCAUUAAAAAUGAGUUGAAGAAGUUUUUCCUCGUCCAUCAGAGAGAGCUGCUUAGCAACAAGGGUAGGAAAGGCACAGAGCAGGGUAAGAAUGAAGCCAGCGAGGAGGUUAAGCCGACUCAUCAGGGGGAGCCCGGCCAACCAGCUCUUUCGAACCAAUCAAACUUGUCCAGCAUACCGGCCACUCCCCUCACCUCAAACGUAUGCCCGGCACCAAAGCAAAACAUAUUUUCCAGCAGUAACGUGUGCCCGAGCCAAGCGGGAAACAACCCUGACCCCGUCCUGGAUACCCAGGACAACUUUAUUAACAUGAACAAUGUGGAUGAUUAUUUGAAUACAUAUUACGUGUCUUAUCACGACUCGUUCAAGGUGGUGAAGCGAGAGCAGUACUACUCUAUCCUGUCGCACAUAUUUGAGAGUUACUUGAACAAGGCCGACUCAUCCAAAAUGGCUAGUCAGUUCCCUCACCUGAGGAGCCGCAACAGCAUCUGCAUCAACUACCUGGGUAUGAUGCCUGAAAUUGUGAAGGCGUACAAGACGUUCAAGUAUUGCAACUCGCUGUACGCGCUGGGGAACACAUACGUGCGUAAGAGGGCCGAUGGGGGUGCAGGAGGGGAAGCAGAGGGAGAGGAAGGGGAGGAGGAGGACUCGGAAGACGAAGAUGAAGAGGGAGAAGAGAAGAACGACAACGGUGAACAUGGCGAUGCUAAUGGGCAUGCCGACGCGGAGAAGGGCAAGCAGAGUGAAGCCGGGCCAUUACAACCGCACACCGAAAUAACGGACGAAAUUGCUUUCUUAAAAAGACACAACCAAAAAUACAUGAAGCUAUUCCGGCAGCAUGUCGAGGAGGAAAUAAAAUUCAUAAAUUUCUUCGAAGUGCUCUUAAAAAAAAAAGUAUCAGUCAUAUUGGAGAAAAACGAAUUUUUAAAGCUAUACAUUUUCUAUGGGAAAAAAGAGCUACCCGCUUUGCCCUACACGAAUUUAUUCUUUAACUGUAGGACAAUAAUAAAAAUUGAGGUGCUCAGAGAUGUUAACACAAAACAAAUAAUAUACUCCAGUAGAUCCUUCUUCCUGGAGACCUUAAUAACAUUGAAGGAAUAUAAGAUCAAAAACGAAAGUGCAUAUAUCGUUAUUGAAACGUCUGAUGAAACGAGCUCCAUUAAGAAAAGAUUAAAAAUGGAAAUGCUCUACAGGAUAUCUCCCAUGUCCCAUAUAAAUGCGUAUAUAAUUUCGAACAAUGGAAGGGAGACUGUGUACCACAAGGGUAAUGUGUACCAGCGGUCUGCAAAUGACAUCAAGGAUGUGAUCAGUGACAUUCGUAAUGAUUUUCUCAACAUCAUGCUCCCGCAAUACAAUUUGUUCGACCUAUUCGACAGCCACAUAUACAUCAUCAUUUGUUUGAAGAACGAGAACUGCUAG